AUGGCGGCCAACGAGCAAGACCCGCUGCUGCGGCUGCGACAGGCCAUCGCCGCCGGCCAUGCCAUUACGCCCAGCGCGUCCGCCGACGCGGGCUCGCCCGAGGUCGGCCUCGCGCAGGCCAGCCACCUGCUGAUCCCGACGGCCGACGACCAGGCGGUCGUGGUGCUGCCCAUGGACGCCGCGACGCGCUUCAUCUCCAGCGACAACCCCGUCGACCUGCGUUCCAUCUACUUUGCCUGGCUGAACCGCGAGCUGGCCAUCCCCGAGUACAAUGCCGCCGCGGCCGCGCUCAACGGCGAGCUCGGCGCCGCCGCCAACGUCCAGAACCUGGGCUUCAUCGAGCGCCUCGAUCUCAUCACCUGGCUCGAGGGCGCGAGCGAGGAGUCGGAAUACAUAAAGCCGCUUGCGGACGACCAGGCCGCGGUGGCGGCGGCGGCGCCCGUGACAAAGGGUGCGUCGGCGGCGGUGCAGGCACGCGCUGGCAAGGGAACUUUGGAUCCGCGAUUGGCGAGCAUCUACGACGGGGAGCGACGCAUGGGAGAUCGCAAUACUGUUCUGAGGGGUAUCAAGCCCACGGACUUUUCACACGUGCGCAAGCUUGCCGCGCCCUUUAUCCAGCGCAAGUCCCAGUCGACCGCGAACCUGGUGGCCAACACGUCCCUGUCGCUCAACCAAAAGGGCCCGUCUAGGAGGCCGGACCCCAUCAUCUUGCUGUCGCCUUCGGCGUCGUCGCUGCUGCGCUUGUCCAACGCGCGCUCGUUCCUCGAGGACGGCAAGUUCGUGCCGCCCGACGCCGGCGCCUCGACCGUCAGCAUGCUGCACGUGCAGCGCGUCAUCCGCGCCGUCGACCCCAACCGCCCGAUGCGCUUCAUCCUUGUCGAGGGCCCCGAGCAGUUCAAGCCCGAGUACUGGCCCCGCGUCGUCGCCGUCUUCACUACCGGCCAGACGUGGCAGUUCAAAAACUACAAGUGGAGCAGCCCCAACGAGCUCUUCAAGCACGUCCAGGGCAUCUAUGUCGGCUGGCGCGGCGACCAGGCCCCGGAUAACGUCCGUGACUGGGGCCACCGCGUGCUGUCGGCCAACAUUGACCGCUGGCGCGGCGUCGGCUUCGACGCCUCGCGCUUCCGCGACAAGGAGGCCGUCGAGUCCAUCUGGAAGACGGUUGAGCUGAACAUGCGCUCCAAGGGCUGGAAAAAGGACGCUGCGCCGACGGCGAUAUAG